AUAUUAUUGCUUCUAUAUUCACCUGAGACCCAACUAUCUGAAAACUAGUACCUUUGGUAAGGAAACUACCUGUCCUAACAAUUCAUUCGAUGCUGUGAUUAUUUGUGUUUUAUUAUUAAUUUACAGUCUAAAAUCAAGUUCCACGUGAAUAGUGUGCCUUAAAAUGAUUAUCCAAGACAUUUCAUAAUGACUUUAAAGACUCUGUCAGGAAAAUUGUUUAUCGCUGUUCUAGUGGCAUUUUAUGUUUGUCUCAACAUAAAAAUAAUCCUUCAGCAAUCAAAUGAUAAACAGCAAGCAAAUGAUCGAAUUAAGCAAUUAGAAAAUGAGAUAUUUUCAUGCGGGCAACAUUAUAUUCAAAAUAUGAAACAGCCAGCAGUUCCAGUCUCUGCUUUCACUCAAUCAGUUUCAGAUGUUUUACCACAAUGGAAAAAAUUAGACGACGACAAAGUAAAAACCAUAGGAAAGAUUAGAAACAAAAAGGGUUUUCUGACUAUAGCUAUUCCGUCUAUUCAACGGGCCAAUGGAUUAAAAUAUCUCAAGGACACUAUAGCAACGUUAAUAGAAAAGAUGACAAACAAUGAAAAAGAAGAAGUUGUUAUUGUGGUUUUACUAGGUGAUUUUGACAAGCAGUAUAAUGAGAAAGCUAUUGUCAUUCUAAGUAAUUUAUUUAAAAAUGAUCUGAGUAAUGGUUUGUUAAGAAUUGUACAAGCUCCACGAUCUUUUUAUCCAGAAUUAGUUAAUCUCAAAAGAAAUUUUCGUGAUCCGGCAAAGAGAGUUCAAUGGCGAUCGAAACAAGUCAUUGACUUUUCUUUUAUGUUUCUUUAUUCUAGAAACAUUAGUGAGUAUUAUGUUCAAUUGGAAGACGACGUAUUACCCGCUGACGGAUAUGUUUCUCAUAUACGCGAUUUUGUUAAAAAAAAUUCCAAUAGACAAUGGGCAAUGCUAGAGUUUUCUGAACUUGGUUUCAUUGGGAAACUAGUUAGAUCCAUUGAUUUAGAGAAAUUGGCCAGAUAUAUGAUGACUUUCUACGAUGAACAGCCAAUAGAUUGGCUUAUACGCUACUUUAAAGAUUCUAUGGCACAACAUAAAGUUAUUUUACGUAAACCCACACUCUUUCAGCACAUGGGUUUAGUUUCAUCUCUUGAUAAUAAGAAACCAAAUCGCUUGAAAGACAGAUUUUUUCCGGGUUCGGUCGGCUCGAACGUUAAAGAAGCACCAGCCCCUGUUCAGCUUAAAGGUGAUAACCCAUCUGCAAGUCUUCACACUUCAUUAGAAACGUAUAUACAUCAUGAACUUAACCAUAUGUAUGCAAUGUCCACUGACUUCUUUUGGGCGAAAACUCCUAAAAUUAAUGAUACUAUUACUGUAGUUUUCUUAGAUAGUUUACGUUUAAAAAGAGCAGCUGUGUUAACAGGAACCCCUGAGCAUGCUGGUGAUAUUUUAAGAGAAGGUGUAUUAGAAGCAGCCUUUGAGAAGACUAAUCUUCCUGCCGAUGAAAGAGAUGAAUCUGUUACUUGCAAAUCAUGGAGAGAAAUUGGUAAAUUUCAAAAUGGGGAAGUAGACGUUAAAGAACUCGACAAAUCUUUAAAGGAAUCAGUUUACUGCUUAAGAGUUAGAAUAACGGGAACACAACAAAACUGGAUAAUAUUUAGAGAAUUAGCGGUUUUUAUAAACAAAUAAUUGCAAUUAAACAAAUGAAAAUACCUUUUUGUCACCUCUCCACAAUAUUACAUAAGCAUAAUUGGCGGGCUGUAGCAAUAUUUCACUGAAAUUUAAAUUAUUGAUAUAUUGCUUUAGUUUUCUUUUUAACUAAAAAAGGACAACCAUCUUUCAGCAAAAUCUCACAAAAACUAAUACAAUUAAUUGUUACAUUUUAAUAACUUACUUAUCAAAUGUAUUAUGUCUAAGUGAAAUAAUUGUUUAAAUUCUACAGAGACUGAACAAAAAUGUACUAUUUAACCUAUUUGAAGAUUAUUUAACUUGUAUUUAAAUAAAAUAGGGCUAUAAAACUUUCAUUUCUAAUGCAUAAAAGGAUGAGAAGUAGAAGAUAAAACUACUAAAAUUAAUUAAACUUUAAGAUUUCUAAUUAUCUUCCUUCAGGAAUACUU